AUGGAGAAGUCUACUGUUCCUGAUAGGAUUUUCACGGAUGGUAAUGAAAAGUCAGUGCCUCAGACUAAUAUAAAUGAAAGAGAAAAAAUAGACAUGAUGAAUAUUGAAAGAAUAAGAAGUAAAAUAAAACCAAGUAGUUUUGGUUUGAAACCUAAAAAUUCAUCUGUUUGCAUUGAUUCAGAUAAGUGGUAUUUAACAUUACAAGAAAGUUCAAAAAAAUUAUUAGUCAAUCCACCAUCAAUAGCAGAUGGAAUACCAAUAACCAUUGAACAGGAACUUCGAUAUCUGGGAUGUGAAUUAAUUCAAUCAUUAACUAUCCUACUAAGAAUGCCACAAACAGCUGCAGCAACGGGUCAAAUUUUAUAUCAACGGUUUUACUAUCAAAAAUCAUUUGCAAAGUAUUUUUUUGAGCACGCAGUAAUGGCAUGUGUUUUGUUGGCAAGCAAGAUAGAGGAAAAUCCACGUCGUUGCAGGGAAGUAAUUAAUACAUUUGAUAGGAUGAAAAAACGACAUGCAUUAAAAAAUACCUCCGAGGAGAAUGAUGAAAUAGCGCCUAUUGAUUUGGAUCAACAUUACGUUCAUCUGAAAAAUAGUGUAAUUAAAACAGAAAGACAAAUAUUAAAAACAUUGGGUUUUGUUGUUUAUGUGAAUCAUCCCCAUAAAUGGAUAUAUGUUUUUGCUCAUGCUUUAAGACAAAUCGAUAAUGCCGAGCUGAUUGGAAAGGCCUGGUCGUAUAUGAACGAUGGCCUUAGAACAGAUAUAUUUCUUAGAUAUCAGCCAAAUACAAUAGCAUGUGCAUGCCUAUUUCUUGCUUCAAGAACAAUAGCAGCUCCUAUAUCGCUACCAAAGAAACCAAGACCAUGGUAUGAAAUAUUUGACGUCUCAGAAAAAGACGUCUUAGAUAUCUCAAAAAUUCUUCUUUUAAUGUACAAUAGAUAUCAAUAA